AUGUAUGUACUUUUUAAAGAUCAAUUAAAAGAUGAAGAUGAAAAAAACGAUAAAUUACACAUAAGGUACAAUGGCCAAAAUAAUUCAUCAUCGGAAAAUGAAAACACCUUAUCAUCUAAAUAUUUUAGAAAAGAAAAUAGAAGAUUUAAGCACAAUUUAAAUAUUUUAGAUAAGACAAAACCUCUGUCAAUUUUGGGAAAUACUCUUCAAAAAAAACUUGAAUUACCAAUUGAUAAGCAGAAUGAAUUAGACAUUUUAAAAAAAAAGAAAAAUAUUGAACCAACUGGAAUUGUUAUUGCCUGCUGUUUGGGAACAGAUUUUCAUUUUUCAGCUUUCAUAAAAGAUUUUAAAACAUAUAAUAUAAAUAGUGAUUUUAUCAAAAUAAAAAAAGUAUAUAGCGAAGUAAUAUUUUGUUCUGCAUUUGAACAAAAAAAAAUUUUUUUUUUAUUUCGUUUUGGUUGUAUCGUUCUAUGGGAUUUUAAUAUAAAAGAGAAAGAAAUUUUGUUUAUGAACUUAAAAGAUUACUUAAGUGAAGCAUAUACAGAAAACAAUAAUGAAUUAGACAGUAUGUUUUAUAUUAUGAGCAUUCCUAAUGAUUUAAGUGAUUCUAAAAAUAAAGAUAUGCCUGAAUGUUCUUUUAAGAUAAAGAAUGAUAUAAUUUAUAUUUACACAAAGGACAUUUUUGAAAAAUUAAGUUAUUCAUAUGCUUUUGCACAAAGUGUAAAGUUAUCGUAUUUUGAAAAUGUGGUUGAUGAUACCAUCGAUAAAACAAAGGGUAUACCAGAAUGCUUAGCUAGAACAGGGAAGAUUCAAUUAAAAAAAAAUGAUAUAAGCAAAAAAAUUGGAGAAUUAUUUGUUAAUAGAUUUUAUAUAAAUAUGAAUACAGACAUGCUAGACACACCAGAGAUAUUUUGGGACCAUGACGAUUUUACUGAUACUUAUGAAUAUUUUAGAAAAUAUUUAGAUAUUUCAAAAAGGGUUGAAAUAUUAAAUCAUAGGUUAGACAUAAUUAAGGAUUUAUAUGAUAUGCUACAGAAUGAAUUAACAAUUCAACAUGGUUAUAAACUAGAAUGGAUAGUAAUAUAUUUGAUAUGUAUAGAAGUUAUUAUAGAUAUCGUUUGGACUAUUAUCAUUAAAGGAGUCUUUAAAUGGGCUUAA